GCCGGGGUGGUGCCAGGCUGCAGCGGGCCGGGCAAGAUGGCUGCCGUGGAGGCCGAGACGGCGCCGCUGACCCUGGAGUCGCUGCCCACCGACCCCCUUCUGCUCAUCUUAUCCUUCGUCGACUACAGGGACCUGAUCAAUUGUUGCUAUGUCAGUCGAAGACUUAGCCAGCUUUCAACUCAUGAUCCAUUGUGGAGAAGACAUUGCAAAAAAUACUGGCUGAUAACUGAGGAAGAGAAAUCCCGGAAGAAUCAGUGCUGGAAAUCUCUCUUCAUAGCUACUUACUCAGAUGUAGGAAGAUACAUUAACCAUUAUGCUGCUAUUAAAAAGGCCUGGGAUGACCUCAAGAAGUACUUGGAGCCCAGGUGUCCUCGGAUGGUUUUAUCUCUGAAAGAAGGUGCACGUGAGGAAGACCUGGAUGCUGUAGAAGCUCAGAUUGGCUGCAAGCUCCCUGAUGAUUAUCGCUGUUCGUACCGGAUUCACAAUGGGCAGAAGUUAGUGGUUCCAGGGUUGCUCGGAAGUAUGGCGCUGUCAAAUCACUACCGCUCUGAAGACUUACUGGAUGUUGAUACUGCUGCUGGAGGGUUUCAGCAGCGACAGGGACUGAAAUACUGCCUCCCUUUAACCUUCUGCAUACACACGGGCUUGAGUCAGUACAUAGCCGUGGAAGCUGCAGAGGGCCGAAAUAAAAAUGAAGUGUUCUACCAAUGUCCAGACCAAGUGGCUCGGAAUCCUGCUGCUAUUGACAUGUUUAUCAUAGGUGCUACUUUUACUGACUGGUUUACAUCCUAUGUCAACAAUGUUGUAUCAGGUGGUUUUCCCAUCAUCAGAGACCAGAUUUUCAGAUAUAUUCAUGACCCAGAAUGUGUAGCAACAACUGGAGAUAUUACAGUUUCAGUGUCCACAUCAUUCCUGCCAGAACUCAGCUCUGUACACCCACCACACUAUUUCUUCACAUACCGAAUCAGGAUUGAAAUGUCAAGGGAGGCACUUCCGGAAAAGGCCUGUCAGCUGGACAGUCGCUACUGGAGGAUAACAAAUGCUAAAGGGGAUGUGGAAGAAGUUCAAGGACCUGGAGUAGUUGGCGAAUUUCCAAUUAUUAGCCCAGGUCGGAUAUACGAAUACACAAGCUGCACCACAUUUUCUACAACAUCCGGCUAUAUGGAAGGGUAUUAUACCUUCCAUUUUCUCUACUUUAAGGACAAGGUCUUUAAUGUUGCCAUCCCCCGAUUCCACAUGUCAUGUCCAACAUUCAGGGUGUCUAUAGCCCGACUGCCUCCCAAGUGCUAGAUGUGUGCCACCAUGCCUACACCAGACCAGACUUCCAGUUUUGGUUAGCCCAGAAUCUAUAUGAACUUGGUACCAUCUUAUCCUUAAAUGGUUGAUAUUCAUCAGUGAAGCUGUCUGGGACUGGAAUUUGCUUUGUGGGGAAAUUACAAACAUGGACUUAAUUUCUGUAAUAUGUAUAUUUUCUAUUUCUUGUUUCAGUUUAGCUAAUUUGUGCCUUUCAAGGAAUUUAGUCAUUUCACUUAAAUGUUGAAUUUAUUAGCAUAAGGUUAUUCACAGUAUUCCCUUGAUAUCCUUUUAAUGGCUACACCAUCUGUAGUCAAAUAUAUCCUCUUUUAUUCUUAAUAUUGGUGAUUUACAUCCUUUUUAUCACAUCUUUUCUAUUGAUAUUCAAAAAGGAACAGCUUUAGUUUUGAUGGAUUUUCUCUACUGUUUGAUUUUUUUCUCUCAGUGAUUGGUGCAGUUUGUCUUUAUUUCACCUACUUUGGGUUUAAUUCACUUUUAUUGCAGCUUUUAAAGGUAGAAGUUUAGAUAACUGGUUGUAGGCCUUCCCUGUUUCUAAGCAUUGUUUUAGCUGUAUUGCACAGAUUUUGAUGAUAGUUUUGGUUAAUAUUUAGUUCAAAAUAUUCUCAGAUUUCCCUUGUAACUUUGACUUAUGACUUCAUAGAAAUAUGUUAAUUUUCAAGUAUUUGGAAAUUUUUCAGUUGUCUUUUGCUUGUUGAUUUCUAAUAUUACUGUGAUUAGAGAACUUACUGUGUAUUGCCAAUAUUUUUUAAUGUUUUAUGGCCCAAAAUUAUGUGAAGAAUUUAUCUAUCUUGGCAAAUGAUCUUUGUGUAUUUGAAAUGAAUAUGUAUAUUCUGCCAUGUAAGAAUUUAUAAAUGACAGGCCAAGCUGAUUGAUUGAUUGACAGUUUGUCAGGUCAUUUCUUUCAUGUUUGUUGCUUCAGCUAUUGAAGAGAUUAUUGUUGAAAUACUCAGUUAAUGUUAUGGCUUUGUCCACUUCUUGCUUUAUUCUCGUCAGAUUGCCUCAUGCAUUUUGAAGUUAUAGAAUUGUGUGCCAGUGCUUAGGAUUGUUGUCUGUUUAUGAGAGUAAUUCUUCAGUUACCAUCUAUAAUAACAUUCCUGUCCUAAGAGUAAGAGCAUUGAGGUAUGUUUGGACAGGCAGUCAAAAUGGGUCAGCUUGAUCCUUUUGUUUCUUGUUUUUAAUAUUAUUUCAGGGAAUGUAAAGGUCUGGGUUUUACUUAAGGACGGGGGUUCUCAAGCCUUUGUGUCUCAUCACCUCCUUAGAUGUAUAAACAUCAUUGACGACUCCUAAGAACUUGUUUACAUGGGUGUGUCAGUAUUUACCAUAUCAGAAAUUAGAAGAGAGCAUUUAUAAUAGCAUCAGUUUCUUUUAAAAUGACAGUAAAUAAACCCUUUACAUGUUCAACCCUCUCAAUUGUAUUUAUUUAGAGUUUUAGUUUCUGCUUAACUACAAGAAAAUGUAGAUGCCCUGCUUCACAGAAAAUGUUUUUCUCAAAGAUGAACAGUCAAUAGAAAUGAGAAUUGUGCUUUAAACUAAGAAAGAUAGUGGGGUUGUGUUUUUUGACCCUAUUUCUGUUCUCUUCCUUGAUAUGGAAGUUGAAUUGUGUUUUGCUUUUUUUGUCCUCUACCAGUCUGACUAGUCAUUAGGGUUCAUGAUUUCUUUUCCUUUAUACUUGCCACUGUAAAUACACUCUGCAUAGCUCAAUGACAUCCCUGAUGGGGUAUUUAUUGGGCUUGAGGGCACUAUGGAUAUUCCUCGUGUCCGUUCUUCUCUGCUCCUCUCUUAUGUGCUGUUUGUAUAGUACACUUUCAUCUGAGUAUUUCUCUCUAAUCACAUUUGAUUCCUUUAACAGUUCUUGUUUUCUUCAUUAAUUUAAUAAUUAUACUACCUGAUGAUCAUGUUUUAAAAUUUCCAAAACCUUCCCUAUCCCUCCUUUUGUAUUUCCUACAGAAUUUUGAAAAUGUCAUUCCGUAGAUUUAAAAAAUAAUGAAAUGCCAUAUUUCUUUGUGUAUAUUUUCUGAUUGUUACUGUUGUGUUAUAAUAAAUACUAAAUGACACAG